UUUCGGCCGGAACCGCCAUCUUCCAGUAAUUUGCCAAAAUGACCAACACAAAGGGAAAGAGGAGAGGUACCCGGUACAUGUUCUCUAGGCCUUUUAGAAAACAUGGAGUUGUUCCUUUGGCCACAUACAUGCGAAUCUACAAGAAAGGUGAUAUUGUGGACAUCAAGGGAAUGGGCACUGUUCAAAAGGGAAUGCCCCACAAAUGUUACCAUGGCAAAACUGGAAGAGUCUACAAUGUUACUCAGCAUGCUGUUGGUAUUGUUGUAAACAAACAAGUUAAGGGCAAGAUUCUUGCCAAGAGAAUUAAUGUCCGCAUUGAGCAUAUUAAACAUUCAAAGAGCCGAGAUAGCUUCCUGAAGCGGGUAAAGGAAAAUGAUCAGAAAAAGAAGGAAGCCAAAGAGAAAGGUACUUGGGUUCAGCUGAAGCGUCAGCCUGCUCCACCCAGAGAAGCACAUUUCGUGAGAACCAAUGGAAAAGAGCCUGAACUGCUGGAACCCAUUCCCUAUGAAUUCAUGGCAUGAUAAAUAAAAAGAAAAUAAAAGACCUCAAGACUGUAAAA